AUGUCUCCAAUCGCCGAACUCGGGAGUCUGAAGCUCAAUAAUGGAAAUGAAAUACCAUUCCUUGGUUAUGGCUUGGGAACAGCUCAUUAUAAGGCUGAUUCCAACGCACCAGUAGACCAAAAACUGGUAAACACUGUUAUCAUGGCCAUCAACCUUGGUUACCACCACCUUGACGGCGCAGAAGUCUACGGUAAUGAAGUAGAGCUCGGCCUCGCAAUCAAAGAAUCGGGUCUCCCCCGGUCCAAGUUCUACGUCACCACCAAGAUCUCCGGUGUAACACCAAAGAACACCGCCGAAGCAUUCGAGCUCUCUCUCAAAAAAUUGCAGCUCGAUUACGUAGAUCAAUACCUCAUCCACGCACCUUUUUUCGCCAAAACUCCUGAGGAACUACAAGCCAAAUGGGCAGACUUGGAAGCUAUUCACGCAUCCGGAAAGGCGAAGUCUAUAGGAGUAUCUAAUAUGCUACAAGAGGAUUUAGAAGCGAUCCUUAAGACGGCAAAAAUCAACCCUGCCAUUAACCAGAUUGAAUACCAUCCAUAUCUGCAACAUGGAGAUCUUGUCAGCUUUUGCAAGAAAAAUGGGAUUGCGCUUUCUGCAUUUGGCCCAUUGACAGCUGCGGUAAAAGCGAAGCCUGGUCCGCUGGACGGAACGUAUGAGAAACUCGCCAAGAAAUAUGGUGUUAGUCCCGGAGAGAUUGCGUUGAGAUGGGUAAUUGAUCAAGGGAUUGUGGCAUUGACUACGAGCUCAAGUGCCGAGCGACUGAAGCAGUAUCAGAAGGUUGCUGGGUUUAAGUUGACUGCUGAAGAAAUCAAAGAAAUUGCGGAGCUCGGGAAGGAGAAGCACUUCAGGGGGUUUUGGCAGGAUAAGUUCAAGGCUGAUGAUAGGCGGUAA